AGAGUGGGUUUUCCCCCGCCUGUUACUUUCAGUUCCUUGUGUCUCUGCUCAGCCUUAAAGGUGAAACAAUCACAGAGAUCUGUCAUUUAUAUUUGUGAAACAGCUCGCAACUGGACCUGAGAUAAGGUUUGUGUGAAGAUGUCCGAUCCUGAGGUCCAAAACCAGCCUCUCCUGGCACCCCCCAACCCGCAGCCCGACAUCAAUGCUCAGGGCGGCCGCUCCACCCGGGCCUAUAAGGUGGCAGGUAUAACCCUGCUGGCCUGUAUCCUGAUUGUCGGCCAGGCGACCAUCGCCUACUUCCUCCUCAGUCAGAGGGGCGACAUCAAAUCUCUGAAGGAGCAGAACAACAACCUGAAGUCCCAGCUGACCAAGGGAAGAUCUGUUGCUGUGCCCGCAAGGAUGCACAUGCCCAUGAACGCCUUGCCUGAGCUGAUGGAUGUCUCUCUGGACGGGGAUGAUUCCACCCGAGCCCCAGGCCCUGUCCCUCGGCAGGCCACUGACUGCGAGCUGGAGGCAGCUGGCGUGAAGCCUGUGCCUGUCCCAGGUUUCAAACCCACCUGUGACAGGCGCGGCAACUACAAGGCCCAGCAGUGCUUGAACCAGCACUGCUGGUGUGUGAACCCAGAGAACGGGCUGGAGGUCCCUGGAUCCUUGACAGAAGGACAGGCCAACUGCGGUCGCGUGCUCGUGAGACAAGGUGGCAUGAGCAAACUGUUGCCUCUGCCUGGUCUUGAUGCCUGAUCCUGUGCUGAUGAAAUCUCCAGACGCCAGCGACAGUUCAUCUCCAAAUCCUGACAAGUUACAUCUCUCAUCGACUUCUAAUCACCAUCGCAUUUGUAGUACUUGAUAAGCUAAUGGGGUUUUACAUACUGCUGAUAAUUUACCAAUUAUAACCAUUUACCUGCUUACUAUCAUCUGCAGCUAAUAUCUUAUGCACAGAGGUGACUUUUGCUAUUGAUUACAUGACAUCGUUUUUUAGUUUUUAAAUGGCUGGUAAAAGUUAAGGAUUUUAAAUGCUUGUUUUAUUCAGAUUUUGUCCCAUGUCGGUUUGAUAAAAAAUAACAUAUAUACUUUGUGGGGAAGUUUGUAAAGCGCUGUAAAUUGGAAAUGUAACAGCAUGAACUAAGAGGCCAGAUGGCGAUUACUAAUUAAUAUAUUUUUGUAAAGAGUAUUUGGUGAAAUGUAAAUGACCUCUCCACUACCUCUUUAAUUUAUUUUAGGUGUGGUCACUUGAAUCUGGAAUGUUUGGCUAAAGUUGAUUGGAUUAAACUGUAAUUAAAAAUACUGACACACAUUUUGGCACAAUCAGGAACCAGGAAUAAUCCACGUUUGAGACAACUGCAAACUGUAUUUUCCACAUUUAUUCGAACGACCCAAAUAAAAUUCUCAAAAGACAA